GCUAACAGCUCUGAGAAGAUGGCAUCCUCGGACCAACCUGACCACCAAAAUCAGAACGCUCCAGCCAAAGACGCGGCUCCAAGAGAAGCGCUGAUUGUCACGGCAGUCAGGUUUCUACAAAACCAGCAAGUUCGUCAAAGCCCCCUGGCAACCAGAAAAGCUUUCUUGAAGAAAAAAGGUCUGACUGAUGAGGAGGUUGAUCUGGCUAUCGAGUGGUCCGGUAGUACGGAGGAGCCUCUAACUGUCGCUGUUCCCAGACCUGCACACAUCGCUCACCCUGUUCCACUGGCCCCGUACAGUCCCUCAGGUUACAGAUGGAGAGACUACAGUGCCCUGGCUGUCAUCCUGGCAGGAAUGGCCUUUGGCUUCUAUCAUCUCUACCGGAAAUACAUCCUUCCCCUCAUUAUGGGCAGCAAAGAGGACAAGAAGCAUCUGCAGCGGAUCGAGAGCAACAUCGCGGAUAUGAGUGGCACGCUGACACAGACAGUCACCCAGUUGCAGAUGACCCUGGCUUCAGUGCAGGAGCUGCUGGUCCAGCAACAGAAGAAAAUACAGGAGCUGACACAAGAGCUGGCUAACUCACAGGCCUCAUCUGCCACCAACCGCAUGCUGGAGUCUCAGAGCAUCAGUGAACUCAAGGCUGAGAUUGUGUCUCUGAAGGGGCUUCUUCUCAGCAGGAGACAGUUCCCCGCUUCACCCUCCGUUCCCAAAAUCCCAUCCUGGCAAAUCCCUCUCAAACCCGGAUCGCUGUCCAACCCGCCCUCCGUCAACCACACCAACAGCAGUAGUGACAUCUCCCCCGUCAGCAACGAGUCAACCAACUCCUCCCCCGUCAAAGAGGGCAACGGCUCGCACUGCCUGAACGGAGACGUGGGCCUGGGCUCCGUUCUUCCUUUGGACCUGAAAGACCAGGUCCGUAUGGAAGUCCAGGGGGAGGAGGAGAAGAAAGAGGAUGAUGAGGAUGAAGACGAGGAUGACGACCUGACCCAUGCGGAUGAGGAAGACCACCUGAGCGUGCAGACGGAGGACAGGAGAGGAGGUGACGGACAGAUAAACGAGCAGGUGGAGAAGCUGCGGCGUCCAGAGGGUGCGAGCAAUGAGAGCGAGGUCGAUUAGAAAGAAACUCCGGACUUCAUCCGUCCAUUCGCUUCUCUCAGUUUCAGUUCAUUUAACUUUCAUUUAAGUUCUGAUAUCACACCCUCGUUGCAGUAAAACAGCUACCGUGAGCAUCAAUUAACACUGUACGAAAGCGGCAGGUGAGGUGGAUUAUGUUCCUUUCACUGCAGUUCUUUACCCUUUUGAAUUUUUAACAUGCAAACUUUCAACGUGCAAACAAGAGUGGCGGCACAAACCUUCUGCAUGCCUGAACAAGCACAGCAACAGAAAUUUCUGGAAAGACGACAAGAGAAAUAUGACUUUUUUUAAUGCAAUCCAUACAUUUCCCUUAAAAUGCUAGCUAGCUGUUUUACUAGAGACUGUAGUACUCCAAAAAAAAAAGCCCAUUUAAGUGUACCAUAGCACUUCGAGUCAAUACAAACGUCAUAAUUUGCAGUGUAGAGACUGUAGACACAAAUCAGAGGUACCAAAGAAAUCAGAAAGUUGUGAUCUGAGAUGGUUGGACUGGUUUCUAUGCCAUUUCUUUUGUUUUGUAAACUAGUUCACACAGUCCGACCAUUGUUGGAUCAGCGUGUUUGUUGUGGACCGGCUGUAGACCUUGUAAUCUGACAUAGUGAAGCAAUUCUCCUUCAGACGUUUUGAGAUUGUGUAGUACACCGGGCUUCAGAAGUCUGUGUAACGACGAGGCCUUGUAUUUUGUGAUCAGAGUGAUGGUGGAUUUGAGAUUUCUGUGGGAGAAAGAAAGAGAUGGAGGGAAAACACGUAUGAGAACGCAGACAGUGAGGCGAAAGAGAAAUGUGUUCGUCUCUGUCGUAUCUCUCCAGUCUCCAGCAGGGUAGCUGAUUUGGUUUAUGAAGUAUGUUAAUAAUCAAAUGAUCGACAAAUAACAGAUGUAUUAGUUCAUGCGGCUUGAAAUGUCAAGGAGGCUAAAAUCGGAAAUCUAAUACUGAAAGCCUGUUAUAUUGUAUUAUAUUACAUGACAAACCCUCCAGUCCAAAUUAUAUAGGCCUCCUGCAGUGAAUAAUCUUAACAUGAAACUGUGCUGGGGUUUUGUAAUUAAACUGUGUAAAACAAUGGAUGCUUCAGCGGAGGUGCUGACAGUUGUGCUUUUCUCUUUGGGGGCUUUUCUCUGAGAAAGUCCUGAGAGGAUUAAAAAAAAAAGACAAAAAAAAAAUUCCCCCGUGAUGCAAACGGAGAGUAACGUAUGAAUAUUUAACUAAUGAAAUUACUCACUCGCCAGCUGAUGAGAAACAAAGCCAGAGAGAUCCUGGAGUGAGAGAACUAGAGUGUCAGAUCCAUUGUGACAUUUUCACUUUUAACAAAUGACCUUCAGAGUAACCGGAUUACAGCGCAGCCAGGUGAAUUGUGGGUCUGUGGCAGCACAAUGAAAGAGCUCAGCUUGUCUGGAAGUGUGUAUGUCUUCUUAUUUCCUAGACUAGGGUUGGCUUAACACUAACCCACACAAGAAUAGCAUAUAUAUUCUUCUUCUUUUUCUUUUUUGGAGCUCAAAUGGCCACUAUGAACUGUCAAUAAAUAACUUACUCAAAAAAACUAUUCAAAAUAUAACAUUGUUUGUCCCAUAAAAAAGGCUGUUUGGAAUUACAUGAAAUUUAAAAUAA